AUGGAAGAUUCCUCGAAGACCUUUUUUGCCCAUGCGGAUUACCGCUGCAGUGCAUUUCUGAAUGGAAGCUGCUCUGAGGAUGUUCCUUUGAACGGCAGUGAUCUGAGUGUCUUUCUGUUCAUGUUGGUGAUGUCUGUGCUGACAGUGUGUGGAAACAUGGUCGUGAUCAUUUCCAUUGUCGUUUUCCAGCAGCUCCGCACACCAACUAACUUCAUCAUCCUCUCUCUGGCUGUGUCCGAUUUUUUAAUCGGAGCGAUUAUGAUGCCAUUACAGUGUGUUUUGCUUGUAGAUACAUGUUUACAUCAUGGAAAAACUCUCUGUCCUGUUUAUUCCUUUAUCAGCAUGAUUGUUGGCACAGUGUCUCUCUAUAACGUUGUGCUGAUUGCAGCAGACCGGUAUUUCGCCUUAUGCAACCCCUUCGGUUAUGCAGCAAAAAUGACGGUGAGAACUACAUCAGUGUGUAUCAGUUUCGGCUGGUGCUUUUCAUUCUGCUAUAAUCUUAUAAUGAUGUAUGUUGGCAGUUCAGAACGAGGGGAAGGAAACGUGAUCUGCUUCAGAGAAUGUGCAAUACCGGUCAGUAACACCUGGGGCCUUAUUGAUUUAAUAUUCAUCUUUAUUGUUCCCUGUUUAUCAAUAAUACUGUUAUAUCUUAGAGUUCUUCGUGUGGCCCUAAAACAUGCGAAAGCUAUUUCCAACACAGUAAAGUUAACUGCAUCUCAGCAGAGGAAGAAAUCUGAGUUAAAAGCAACCAAAACAUUAGGCUCUGUUGUGCUGGUGUAUCUGAUGUGCUGGAUCCCGUGGUACACAUGUCUAGUGAAUAUUGAGAGUCUUCCAAACCCCUCUGUCAGCAUCACCUAUUUGAUGUGUCUGUUCUUUAGCAAUUCUUGUAUCAAUCCCGUUAUUUAUGCUAUUUCUUUUCCUUGGUUUAGGAAAUCAGUGAGGAUCUUUGCUUUACACUGA